AAAAACUGUAGUCUUCAGCUUUUCGUAACCUUUUGAAAAUUAAAAAAAUACACCGUAUUGGUUCGUCCGAAAUUAUACCUUUUUUUUCUGCUUUGUUUUUCUCGUAACAAAACAAUCGAUCCCACUCUUCGAUUUAUUAAUUUCUAGGUCGUAAUUUUGGGUUUUGAGAAGUUUUCUGUUGGCAAAAAUUGGGCGUAAUCUAGGGUUCGGAGAUUAUUAGGGUUCAUCAAAUGCUGGUGGGUUUUAAGGUCUCAAGUAAAUGGCGGAUCCACUAGGGAUCCGCUAUAUCUCUUUUGCUCUCCUGCUUCAAUACACAGCUAAAAGUCUCAACCUUUGGGAUUUGUUAGUGUUGAAUUCCUUUGAGUAUUACAGUUAGUUACGGAAAAGCAAUGCUUAGCGUUAUACGGGUGCAUCUACCGUCGGAGAUACCUAUUGUUGGCUGCGAACUUACGCCUUACGUGCUUCUCCGGCGGCCGGAUAAGACCGCCACCACCGAUGAUGUGCCUGAGUCAGCCCCGCUUGAAGGUCACUUCUUAAAAUACAGAUGGUAUCGGGUACAGAGCGAUAAGAAAGUAGCGAUUUGUAGUGUGCAUCCAUCCGAGGCAGCCACAUUGCAAUGUCUAGGCUGUCUAAAGUCAAAGGUUCCUGUCAACAAAAGCUACCACUGCUCAACAAAGUGCUUUACAGAUGCGUGGCAGCAUCACCGUGUCUUGCACGAGCGUGCAGCCAGUGCUGCUGCUGAAGGAAACGAUGAAGAAGAGUUGCUACGUUUAAAUAGUACAGGCUCAGGCUCUGGCCUUCUCAGCACCAGUGGUAGUUUAACAAAUGGAUCAUCGUCAAUUUAUCCCCCAGCCAUAACUCAAAAGACUGGCUCAGGAGGGGAAACACUUGUUGAGGUUGGACGCUCCAAGACAUACACACCAAUGGCCGAUGAUGUUGGCCAUGUUUUGAAGUUUGAGUGUGUAGUUGUCAAUGCCGAGACAAAACAGAAUGUGGGCCUUUCUUGUACCAUAUUGACUUCCCGUGUUAUUCCAGCUCCAUCACCUUCUCCGCGUCGGCUGAUCCCUGUUAGUGGAGCUGAUGUUGUCGGGCACCUAGAUUCCAAUGGCCGACCUUUUUCUAUGGGAUCAUUCACUGUGCUCUCCUAUAAUAUAUUGGCUGAUGCGUAUGCUAGUAGCGAUAUAUACAAUUAUUGCCCCACAUGGGCUCUUUCAUGGACAUACCGUAGACAGAAUUUAUUACGGGAAAUUGUUAAGUACCAUGCAGAUGUAGUAUGUCUACAGGAGGUACAAAAUGAUCAUUUUGAUGAGUUUUUCGCUCCUGAGCUGGAUAAGCAUGGAUACCAAGCUCUUUUUAAACGGAAAACAAAUGAGGUUUUUGUCGGUAAUACAAACGCGAUUGAUGGAUGUGCUACUUUUUUCAGAAGAGACAGGUUUUCUCAUGUUAAAAAAUACGAGGUUGAGUUCAAUAAGGCUGCCCAAUCUUUGACUGAGGCUCUGAUUCCUGUUGCCCAGAAGAAAAUUGCUUUGAAUCGAUUGGUUAAGGACAAUGUUGCAUUAAUAGUUGUCCUGGAAGCAAAAUUCGGUAAUCAGGCUUCUGACAUUCCUGGGAAGCGCCAGCUACUUUGUGUGGCUAACACGCAUGUAAACGUUCCUCAUGAACUGAAGGAUGUCAAGCUCUGGCAGGUUCACACAUUAUUGAAGGGGCUGGAGAAAAUAGCUGCCAGUGCAGAUAUUCCAAUGCUUGUGUGUGGAGAUUUCAAUACAGUACCAGCAAGUGCUCCUCAUUCACUUCUUGCUAUGGGGAAGGUCGAUCCAAUGCACCCAGAUUUGAUGGUUGAUCCUCUUGGAAUUUUGCGGCCUCACACCAAGCUAACUCACCAGCUGCCACUGGUUAGUGCUUACUCAUCCUUUGCAAGAAUGGGAGGUAGCCUUACUGCUGAGCAGCAAAGGAGAAGAAUGGAUCCUGCGUCAAAUGAACCGUUGUUUACCAACUGUACCAGGGACUUUAUAGGCACACUUGAUUACAUAUUUUACACUGCGGAUACGCUAGCAGUGGAGUCGUUAUUGGAACUGCUGGAUGAAGAGAGCUUGAGGAAGGACACGGCCCUUCCAUCUCCAGAAUGGUCUUCUGAUCACAUUGCACUUUUGGCUGAAUUCCGCUGCAUGCCAAAGACCAGACGCUGAUGCUGCAACUCACAGAUGAAAAGCAAAUAUUUUAUGGAGAUUCCAUAGCUGUAACUGGUACUUAAAAGACUGGUCCCGAUGGAUGUUUUUUCUUCUUAUAAUUGUUCCUCUUCGCCCGUAGAUUUUAUCUUCCAUGGCGUGUCAUUGUAACAAUGUAAACUUUAAUUUCUUCAAGAAAAUAGUGGCUUGAGUUUACAGUCACUUCACUUGA